AUGGCGGCGAAGGGCCAGACCUUGCGCGAUAGGCAGAUCGUUUCGAUCAAGAGAAUCCUCAACCUCAACGAUACCGUCGAGUCCAGCGAGAAUGAAGACUCUCACACAAAUGGCGUUGCGGCCUCGUCUGCCUCGAUUUUGACCUCCGAAGGCGAGCCUAUCUGGAAGGUAUUGGUCUUUGACGACCUUGGCCGCGAUGUCAUCAGCAGUGUGCUUCGCGUGACUGACUUGCGGUCAAUGGGAAUUACGAUGCAUAUGCAUAUAUCCACGGCACGCCAUCCCAUACCAGAUGUGCCAGUCAUUUACUUGCUGGAGCCGACCGCAUCCAACCUCCAGAGCAUCACAAAUGAUCUGCAGAGGGGUCUCUACUCGCCAGCGUACAUAAACCUCCUCUCGUCUAUCAGCCGGCCGCUACUGGAGGAUUUUGCGUCGCAAACAGCAGCUGCUGGUACAUCUGAACAGAUUGCCAAGAUAUGGGAUCAGUAUUUGAACUUCAUCUGUUCCGAACCAGAUCUGUUCAGUCUUGGGAUGCAAAAGGAACACACCUAUGGGACAAUCAACAGUGCCAAGACUACAGAUGAGGAGCUAGAGCGUCUUGUUGACAAGAUUGUCAGCGGACUGUUUAGUGUCGUUGUGACCAUGGGCGUCAUCCCCAUUAUACGCUGUCCAAAAGGCGAGGUGGCAGAGAUGGUCUCGGCCAAGCUAGAUCGCAAGCUUCGUGACCACAUCCUCAACUCGAAAGACAACCUCUUCUCCAACACACGCCCGGCCUCGUCUACCGCCGGUACCCCGACCUCACGACCCGUUCUCAUUAUCCUGGACCGUAAUGUUGACUUGAUACCCAUGCUCUCUCACCCGUGGACAUAUCAGUCUCUGGUGCAUGAUAUCUUGAGUAUGAAGCUAAAUCGAAUCACGAUUGAGACGCCAAUCGACGAGAAUAACCCUUCGAAAGGGGUCACCAAGAAGGUUUAUGAUCUCGCUGCCAAUGAUUUUUUCUGGGCAAAGAAUGCAGGAGCUCCCUUCCCACAAGUCGCGGAGGAUAUUGACGAAGAGUUGACGCGAUAUAAGGACGACGCGGCGGCUAUCAUGAAGAAAACGGGAGUAACCUCCCUGGAAGACUUGGAGGGCGACACAAGCGCCAGUGCGCUGCAUCUUAAAGCAGCUAUUACUUCGCUGCCAGCUCUUCAGGAACGGAAAGCAGUGCUCGACAUGCAUAUGAACAUUCUUGCAGCUGUCUUGGCGGGGGUGAAGAACCGGCAGCUCGACGAUUAUUUCCGAAUGGAGGAGAACAUAGGGAAGCAGACCAAGGCCCAGAUGUUCGACUUGAUAAAAGAUCCAGACAAGGGAAACCAGCCUAUCGACAAACUCCGGUUGUUCAUCAUCUGGUUCCUUAGCACAGAGCAAGAUGUGCCCCGGGCGGAUUGGACCCAGUUUGAAGAAGCGCUCUCCGCCGCCGGUGUGGAUGCUACCAGCCUGGCAUAUGUCCGACAAGUCCGUUGGACCAAGAUGACGCAACUCACCACAAUCAACACUUCAUCCACCGCACCAGCACAGCAGCAGUCGGGGUCCUCGGACCUAUUCAACCGCUUCUCGGCCAUAUCCACGCGGCUGACCGACCGGCUCAAAGAGACUGGAGUGCCAACAAGUGCGCUCUCAGCCAACUUCGACUCCCUAAUCGGGGGCAUCAAGAAUUUCCUGCCGGCAAACCGAGAUCUGACCAUCACGAAGAUAGUCGAGUCUGUCAUGGAUCCUUCCGCCGCGUCAUCAUCAGCCAUCGCCAAGACGGAAAGCUAUCUCUACUUCGACCCCCGCAGCGCCAAUGCGCGUGGCACCAUGCCACCACCUUCGGCUGUACGGGCCGGCGCCUCAGGGGGCUCUUCGGCACCCGGUGGUCUUCCAGGGGCUGGGUUCGGCGUGCAAGGCCCCGGCACGGGAGCCAGCUUCGGACAAAGAAGGCAAGGCUUCGCGGAGGCGGUCGUGUUUACAGUAGGAGGCGGCAGCAUGGACGAGUACGGAAACUUGCAGGAGUGGGCAGCAAGAACAUCUGCUGGCGAUCACGACGACUACUACGACCGCAUGGACAACAGGGCGUACCGCACGCCCUCGCCGGGCCAUCCCCUUCAGCAUGGCUAUCAGCUGGAAGACAAUCCGUACAGCAGGCCGCAAGGGGCCUUAGAAGCCCCCGUGGGUCCCGGCAGACUUCCAAGUCCCGGCGACUCGUUGCAUAUGCAAACUGCUCACUCGGUUGACAACUUGAGUGGUUACGGAGACCAUCAUGGUCCCCAUGGAGGAGACUAUAGCGUCAACCCCGAACAACAUCACGAUGCCUACUACAACCAACCGUACGAGCCGAACCCUGCCGACGGCCACCCUCUCGACCAAGGCCAUGGCUACGAUUACGACGAUAGCCGGCCGAUGCUGACCCAUACGGACUCCCAUACACAAGCGAACGAUCCGUAUCAUGACAACGCUCAGCAACAACAGCCGGCCGCUCAGCCGCUCAAGCGAUGGAAGACGGUGAAGCAGGUUCUUCUCUACAGGGGUAACUUGGUCCUGGACUGCCCGGUUCCGCCCCGGCUGCUCAACCAGUUGCCUCACGGUGAGCGCGACGAGUUCACGCACAUGCGAUACACUGCCGCCACAUGUGAUCCCUCCGAAUUCUAUGAGCAGAACUUCACCCUCCGACAAAAGCUCUUCAGCAAGCCCCGGAAUACGGAGCUCUUCAUCGUCGUUACCAUGUACAACGAGGAUGAGAUUCUGUUCGCGCGAACCAUGAUUGGCGUGUUCAAGAAUGUCGAGUACAUGUGCAAGCGAUCUGAAAGCAAAACGUGGGGCAAGGAUGCCUGGAAGAAGAUCGUGGUAUGUGUGGUAAGCGAUGGCCGUUCGAAGAUCAACCCUAGAACGAGGGCCUUGCUUGCCGGCAUGGGUGUCUACCAGGAAGGUAUCGCCAAGCAGCAGGUUAACGGCAAGGACGUCACUGCACACGUCUACGAAUAUACGACCCAGGUGGGCAUGCAGAUCAAAAACGGCACAGUGCAGCUCAUCCCGAAGCAGCAGCCGGUUCAGGUGCUGUUCUGUCUCAAGGAAAAGAACCAGAAGAAAAUCAACUCGCACCGUUGGUUCUUCCAGGCCUUUGGCCGCGUUCUGGAUCCCAACAUCUGCGUGCUUAUCGAUGCCGGCACAAAACCUGGCGGAAGCUCCAUCUAUCACCUUUGGAAGGCGUUCGAUCUCGAGCCCAUGUGCGCAGGUGCUUGUGGUGAGAUCAAGGCCAUGUUGGGAACCGGAGGCAAGUAUCUGCUCAACCCUCUCGUGGCUACCCAGAAUUUCGAGUACAAGAUGAGCAACAUCCUCGAUAAGCCUCUGGAGUCGGCCUUUGGCUUUAUUUCUGUCCUGCCCGGCGCUUUCUCCGCGUACCGAUACGUGGCUCUUCAAAACGACAAGAACGGUCAAGGGCCCCUAGAGAAGUACUUUGCCGGCGAAACGCUCCAUGGUGCCGGCGCCGGCAUCUUCACGGCAAACAUGUAUCUUGCCGAGGAUCGCAUCCUGUGCUUCGAACUCGUCACAAAGCGGAACUGUCACUGGAUCCUGCAGUACGUCAAGUCUGCCACUGGCGAGACCGACGUGCCUGACAACGUCACGGAACUCAUUCUCCAGCGUCGUCGCUGGCUGAACGGUUCCUUCUUCGCCGCCAUCUACUCCACUGUGCACUUCUAUCAGUUCUUCCGGUCGGAUCACUCAUUGUUUCGGAAAUUCGCCUUCUUUAUCGAGUUCGUCUUCAACACGAUCAACAUGGUCUUUGCCUGGUUUGCUAUUGGCAACUUCUUCCUGGUCUUUAAGAUCUUGACGACUAGUCUGGGCGACGAGAACCUACUGGGCAAUGUGGGCAAAAUCUUGGGUGUCGUGUUCGAGUGGCUUUACGGCGUCUCGCUCAUCACCUGCUUCGUCUUGGCCAUGGGCAAUCGACCUGCCGGUUCUGGGCCCUAUUACUUGGCCAUGGUCAUCUUCUGGGCCAUCAUCUUCGUAUACCUCAUGUUUGCAGCGGUCUUCAUCUCUUACAAGGCAAUCAAAACCAAUGUGGACCUUGGGAUUUCGAUCAUGGACCUCUUCAAGAACCCCGUGUUCUAUACGCUCAUCGUCUCCGUCGUGUCGACAUACGGUAUCUGGCUCAUCGCCUCUAUCCUGAUGUUCGAUCCGUGGCACAUGGUCACCUCGUUGUUCCAAUACAUGCUCCUAACUCCGACCUACAUCAACGUGCUCAACGUCUACGCCUUCUGCAACACGCACGAUAUUUCGUGGGGUACCAAGGGCGAUGAUAAGGCCGAGAAACUGCCCUCAGUCAGCACGAAGGAUGGCGCGGGCAAGACGGACCUCCCCGACGAGGGCGAUUUGAACGCACAAUACGAGCGCGAGGUCCAGGUCUUCUCCAGGAAGCCAGUCAAGGAAGUCAAGGCGCCAACGGAUGCCCAGAAGGAAGAGGCUCAGCUGGAUUACUACCGAGGUGUCCGGACCUUCGUCGUGCUGAUCUGGAUGAUCACCAACUUCGCCCUUUGCGCCCUCGUCUUGUCCACCGCCGGCCUAGACAAGAUCACCCCGCAGAGCGGCACGGAAGAGGAGACCAAGAGUGCCCGCGCCACCAUCUACCUGAGCGUGGUUCUGUGGAGCGUCGCUGUCCUGGCUUCCUUCAAGUUCCUCGGAGCCAUGUGGUUCCUAGUCGUGCGCAUGUUCAGGGGUGUCUAG